GGUACCGGGUCUGUAAAUCCUAAAUCCUUGUAGCACGUGGCGCGCUUUUGGCAUCGGGACUGCAGCGCGGUUUGCGAGGCGGACGACCUCGGAGAGGCCGUGAGGUUGGACCGUCUGUGUGGCUCCUCUGGUGGCGCUGACGCCCCGCGCGUGCCGUCAUGGACUACCGGCGGCUGCUGAUGAGUCGGGUGGUUCCCGGGCAGUUCGACGACGCGGACUCCUCCGACAGUGAAAACAUUGACUUGAAGACAAUCAAAGAGGGAGAUGGCAAUCUGUUUGAAGACUUGCAAAAUAAUGUGAAUGAGAAGAUGAAUGAAGAUGAGAUAGAAGAUGAGGGAGAAGAGGAGGAAGAUUAUGAUGAUGAUGAUGAUUGGGACUGGGAUGAUGGAGGAAAACUCACCAAGUGUUAUAUCUCGAAUGGAGGGAGUAACCCACAGGCAAAUCGGCAGCCUUCCAACUAUAACUCAGCCAAAAUGUCUACUCCAGCAGACAAGGUCUUACGGAAAUAUGAGAAUAAAAUUAAUCUAGAUAAGCUAAAUGUUACUGACUCUGUCAUAAAUAAAGUCACUGAAAAGUCUAGACAAAAGGAAGCAGAUAUGUAUCGCAUCAAAGAUAAGGCAGACAGAGCAACUGUAGAACAGGUGUUGGAUCCCAGAACACGAAUGAUAUUAUUCAAGAUGUUGACUAGAGGAAUCAUAUCAGAGAUAAAUGGCUGCAUUAGCACAGGAAAAGAAGCUAAUGUAUACCAUGCCAGCACAACAAAUGGAGAGAGCAGAGCAAUCAAAAUUUAUAAAACUUCUAUUUUGGUGUUCAAAGAUCGGGAUAAGUAUGUAAGCGGGGAAUUCAGAUUUCGUCAUGGCUAUUGUAAAGGAAACCCCAGAAAGAUGGUGAAAACUUGGGCAGAAAAAGAAAUGAGGAACUUGAUCAGGCUGAACACAGCAGGGAUCCCAUGCCCAGAACCUAUCCUGCUACGAAGUCAUGUUCUUGUCAUGGGUUUCAUUGGUAAAGAUGACAUGCCAGCACCCCUCUUGAAAAACAUCCAGUUAUCAGAAUCCAAGGCUCGUGAGUUGUACCUGCAGGUCAUUCAGUACAUGAGAAUAAUGUAUCAGGAUGCCAGACUGGUCCAUGCAGAUCUCAGUGAAUUUAACAUGCUGUACAGUGGUGGGGGUGUGUACAUCAUUGACGUUUCUCAGUCUGUGGAGCAUGACCACCCACAUGCCUUGGAGUUCUUGAGAAAAGAUUGUGCCAAUGUCAAUGAUUUCUUUUUGAAGCACAACGUUGCUGUGAUGACUGUGCGGGAACUCUUUGAAUUUGUCACAGACCCAUCAAUUACACAGGAGAACAUGGAUGCUUAUCUCUCAAAGGCCAUGGAAAUAGCAUCCCAAAGGACCAAGGAGGAAAGGUCCAACCAAGAUCAUGUUGAUGAAGAGGUGUUUAAGCGAGCAUAUAUUCCUAGAACCUUGAAUGAAGUAAAAAAUUAUGAGAGGGAUUUGGAUAUAAUGAUGAAAUUGAAGGAAGAGGACAUGGCCAUGAAUGCCCAACAAGACAAUAUUCUAUACCAAACCGUCACAGGACUGAAGAAAGAUUUGUCAGGCGUUCAGAAGGUCCCUGCACUCCUAGAAAAUCAGGUUAAGGAAAAGCAUUGUUCUGAUUCAGAAGAUGGUGGAAGCUCUGAGUGUUCUGAUGCAGGUUCUGAAGAGCAGGGAGACCAUGCCUGCUCCAAGAAACCUACCACUGAUCUUGAAGUUGAUAAAAAGGAAAGAAAAAAGAUGGUCAAGGAAGCCCAGAGAGAGAAAAGAAAGAACAAAAUUCCUAAACACGUGAAAAAAAGAAAGGAGAAGACAGCUAAGACAAAAAAGGGCAAAUAGAAUCGGAACUAUAUUAUGUAUAGUAAUUUUCCAUCCGUUAUUUUUUAAAAAAAUAUUCUUAUUGAUUUCAGAGAGAAAGGGAGAGGCAGAGAUAGAAACAUUAAUGAUGAGAGAGACUCAUUGAUUGGCUGCCUCCUCCAUGCCCCUACUGGGGAUUGAGCCCACAACCCAGGCAUGUGCCCUUGAACGGAAUCUAACCUGGGACUCUUCAGUCUGCAGGCCAACGCCCUACUCACUGAGCCAAACUGGCUAGGGCUCAGUUACUUUUCUUGCCUUAUCUAAGUUGCAUCUGGAAGGUGGAUAUUGAUUUUAACCAAAUGGUUAUUAUGGCAAUGUCUAUGAAGACUGAUUCAAGUGUUCUCAUGUAGUUUUGUAAAAAGCUCUAAUCUCUGUUGUCCAGAUCCAGUCACUGACUCUGGUGUUGACAGAGAAUUUAUUUAAGCUAUUUUAAUGAAGAACUUUGUACAAUUUUAGUUCUAUAUGUUUUUUCUCCUCUGGUAUGUUUUUUGAAGCAUCGUAAAUAUUUAAAUGUAAUGAAUGUCUACAACCUUUACGUAAGUGUGAAGGCACUUUGGAUAAACUUGGGCCAAGUUUUGCUUUGCUUGUACAUGCCAAAGACCCAUCUGAAGUCUCAUGAUUAAAAUGCCAGGGUUUCCAUAAAAGGAGUUUCACUUGUGGGAAAAUUCACCUGGCUGUUGAUGUAAUCAUUCACUGCAACUUGGUUCUGUGUGCAUUUAUGAUCAUUUGUAAGGCACUCUUCAUCUUUAAUAUCCUUUUCUGAGCUUAGGGUCUCUCAGUUCAUAAGCUAUUUCAUGUUUGACCAUUUGGCAUGUUCAUUCAUUCAUCAAAUAUUUGAGUAUUUUAGGUGCUGAAAAUACAGCACUAAAAAAACCCCACAAAACAAAACAGUCAAAAAUUACUACCCUCAGGUAGUUUACAUUUUAAUAAGACAAAACAUUAAACAGAAUAAGUAAAAAUAGUAUAUCAGCAGGUGACAAAUUCUGUGGAGAGAAAUAUUGCAGAGAAGAGAGAAUGCCUGGGAGAAGUAAGUUUGCCAUUUUAAAAUAAGCCACACUAAGUGGCUAUAUUUGAGCAAAUACUUCAAAAGUAUGAGUCAUGUGCAUAUCAGGAAAGAAGGGUAUUCCAGGCAAAGCAAACAGCAAAUGCAAAGGCCCUGAGGCAGAAGUAUGCCUGAAAAGUUCCAGAAACAAGAGGCUUCAUAUCCAAGGGAGAAAAUACUAGAUGAAAUCAGAUGGCAUUAGGCUAUUGGAGGGUUUUAAGCAGAGGAAUAAUAUGAUCUGACUUCUGUUUUGAAUGAUCACUAUCACUUUGGCCUCUAGAAAAUUGAUGAGGAAAUAAGGAUAGGGUAUUUAUUGUAAUAUCCCACAGAAGAGAUGAUGACUUGCUCUAAGACAGUAGCAGGGACAUGGAGAGAGGUGCUUGGAUUCUAGAUAGAACACAAAAGCGGAGUGAACUAGAUGUGCUAGGGAAUAUAUGAGGAGUAUGGAGAAAGAAUGAAGGAUGAUGUCAGGGAUUAUGACUGGCAACUGAGACUACUGGAAUUGCUACUUACUAUUUUGGGAAGGCAUGUGUGUGGAGCAGGUUUGGGGUGAGAAAGGGAGUAAGAAGAGGGUGAGAUUGCAACAAAACACAAAUAUUGAAAGAAGUGAUCAAAUAUUUUUACCAUAUACUUUACAUUAGAAAUACCUAUUUUAACCCUUGCAUCUGAAACAAUUUCUAUAAAUAAACUUAGUUUCCAUUAAACUGAA